CACUGGUACAUUCACAUCUGCAACCAGGGGCUUUCCCCCCAAUCUAUAAACGAAUCAGACACUCAUAACUAAAGAGAAAUCUGCGUCGGCAGAUCAACCUGAUCGACAGAGUUAGUGUAGUUAAUGAAUUCCCCAGGUUGAUUACCAUGGCAAACAUACAGAAAACCCCAGAGCAAAAUGUAUAAAAGGAGAGUCAAUGUUCCUCUGGUGUAAAAAUGACACCAUGCAGGUUGAACAAACUAGAGGACACCAUUUCCCUCAUUCUCUGAUUAGGUGAUUGUGGGAAAGGAAAACAAGAAAAAAGCAGAGCACAGACACAAAAUCAGAGUUAAAACCAUUAGCAAUGAACUCCACGAAUUCCACCUUCUCUCUAAAUGCAGAUUUAGUGCAUCCCCCAUUUUUUUUCAUCAGUGGUUUGAGCAUGCCCCAUGCCAAAUACUACUAUGUUUUUUUGUGUUUCGUUUUUGUGGUCUCUGUGUUGGGGAACUCCUUUGUCAUGUUUAGUAUAUACAAAGAGCGCAGUUUUCACACCCCAAAGUAUAUGGCUGUUUUUAAUUUGUCUCUAGCUGACUUGGGUGAAAGCACUGCUCUUAUUCCAAAUUUAAUUGCAAUGUUUCUUUUUGAUUCACAAUACAUCUCCUUUGACGCUUGCAUGGCAAACAUGUUUUUUGUGUAUUUUUUUACCUGCUUACAGUCUCUCACUCUUGCCGUUCUGGCCUAUGAUAGAUUGGUGGCAAUAUGCUUGCCACUGAGAUACCAUGCCAUCAUCACAAUGCCAGCAAUGACAGUGAUAUUAACAGUGGUGUGGGCAUAUGAUUCAUUUUUACUGAUUUUAAUGGUGUUGUUGGUUAGUACCAGGUUGUCCUUUUGUAAAUCCAUUGUGGUAAAAAGCUUCUUCUGUGAUCAUGGGCCAACAGCCGCUUUGGCAUGCAAUGACUAUAAUGUUAAUCGCAACUUUGCAAUUGUCGUCAUAGUAUUACUAUUUUAUGUACCCUUUAUUUUUACGGUACUGUCAUAUGUGUUCAUUGCUCGUGCACUGUUUAAAAUAGCUUCAUGGGAAGGGAGACUUAAAGCCAUGAAGACUUGCUCUGCACACCUAAUUCUGGUGGCUGUGUAUUACCUUCCAAUACUGUACACCUACGUUUCUGCAUUAGCUUCUACCAUUCACCCUAAUGUCAGGAUCAUGAGUACAUCAUUUGCAAAGGCCAUUAUCCCCAUGAUGAACCCAAUCAUUUAUGUGCUGAACACAGAAGAAGUUAAGGAAUUCUCAAAAAAACUUUUCAAAAGAUAAACAAGUAACCACAACAUAAAUAUUUUAAAAAAUAAAAAUAAAGCAAUGCAUUGAUAUUGCAGGAACUGUAUUACUGUAACUCUGCAAUCUGUGAAAUCAGAGAUAGAGACAAGAAUUUCUUACCCUCUUUUGAACACAGAAGAUGUGAUGAAAUUCUCAAAAAUAAAACUUUUCAAAAGAGAAAAUCAUCAGUUUUAGUCUGCUAAGUCUUGGUUGAUGUUUUGUAAAAUAAUAAAUUUCCAUUGAAUUCAUUUUAAAAAUCUCAAUUUUUAAGAGUGAUGAAUUACAAAAAUUUCUCAUGGCAAUAUUUAUUCACUUUUGAAUAUUUGUUUUCUCUUCUUGUGUUGUCUGUGAAUACUGUACUAUUUACACGUUCCAUUUGCUUUAUAAAUGACUCAUAAGUGAUGUAACAAAAUUAACUG